GUCGCACUGGUCACCUUCAACGACGACGUGCAGCUGCAGUUUUAUUUGAACGAGUACAGUGACAAAGAAAGGUUGCUGCGAGCUAUCAGACUGGUCGGUAAAACCAAUGGAAUGUCCACGGCAACUGACCAGGCCUUGAGGUUCCUUCGAACUCGAGCCUUCCACAGCCGUCAUGGCGCCAGGCCGGGGGUGCCUCGUAUAGCCGUCGUCAUCACAGAUGGACAGAGUGACCACACGCUGCGGACUCUCAUUGAGGCCACCAAAGUUAAAAGAAACAACAUCAUCAUCUUCACCAUUGGAGUGGGCAAACUGGUCAACACCCUGGAGCUGGAGCGGAUGGCCAGCUCUCCGGCCAGCGAGUACGCUUUUGCUGUGGAUAGCUUCUCCUUCCUGGACUCCAUCAAAGAAAAACUGGCUGUUAGGACUUGCAUGG